GCUGGCCUCCGGGGAUCGUCGGGCGUCUCGUCCCUCCUUUGGCGGUCAUGCUGCUGCCGCCGCUGCUGCUCUGAGCCAUGGGUGCCAGCGGCUCCAAGUCUCGAGGCCUCUGGCUCUUUGGCUCGGGUGGGCCAGGCGGCUCCGAAAGGUCAACCGGCGAUCAGACGCUGGCUCGAGGUCGGGGAUUCUGUUCGGCUACCCCCUUCGUCUUCACCCGCCGCGGCUCUAUGUAUUAUGAUGAGGAUGGUGACCUUGCACAUGAGUUUUAUGAGGAGACAAUAAUCACCAAGAAUGGGAGGAAGCGUGCCAAGCUCAAAAGAAUUCACAAGAACCUGAUACCUCAG